AUGCCUGCUGCUGAUGAGAGAGUGGGAUCAGCAGAAAAUACAGAGGGCAGAGAAGAGGAUGAGCCGCCAGGACAACCCUCCACUUCUGGAAGGGCAGCCCGCCAAACCCGUGCCCCGCAAAAGGACCAUCCCUCCUCGAAAGCCAGAAAAUACAGAGAGGAAUACAUAAACUAUGGUUUCACGUGCAUUGUUAUAAAUCAGGUACAACACCCUCAAUGCGUUGUGUGCUCCGAAGUCCUCGCACAUGAGAGUCUGAAGCCCGUGAAAAUGCAAAGACACCUGAACACCAAACACCCCAGCCUCACAGAUAAACCCACCGACUUUUUCCGCAGAAAGGAGAAACAGUUACAGGGACAAAAAAAAGUCAUUUCUAAACAAACAGCUAUCCCCGCUAAAGCUCAGAAGGCUUCAUAUGAAGUUGCAUAUUUAAUUGCACAGAACAAAAAGCCACACACCAUCGGAGAAACUUUAAUCAAACCAGCAGCAAUAGUUAUGAGUCGCGUCAUGCAUGGAGAUAAACUGGCCGCUGAGCUGGAACAAGUGCCGCUCUCUGAUGGGACUGUAUCCCGCCGCAUUACAGACAUGGCUCAGGAUAUCAAGUGUCAACUGAUUGAAAGAGUGAAGAAGAGUGGGAGGUACGCCUUACAACUGGAUGAAUCCACAGACGUGUCAAGCACCGCUCAACUCCUUGUAUUUGUCAGAUAUAUUUUUGAGGGGAAACUAAAUGAGGAAAUGUUAUUUUGUACGCAACUGGAGGGAACAUGCACAGGCGAGGACAUUUUCAAUAAGCUGGACAGCAAACUUAAAGAUGAAGGCCUAUCUUGGGGCGAGUGCAUAUCAGUGUGCACAGACGGAGCUGGGGCAAUGCUGGGAAAAAAUAAAGGACUAAAGGCACGAGUCCUCCAAGUUGCACCUCACAUCAACUUCACGCACUGCAUCAUACAUAGAGAAGCCCUCGCAUGCAAAACCCUGAAUGCGGAGUUUAAACAUGUUCUUGACACUGCUGUGAAGAUUGUUAAUUACAUAAAAUCACGUCCACUCAACACACGACUGUUUUCCACUCUCUGUAGUGAAAUGGGAUCAGAGCACAAAGGCCUGCUCCUACACACAGAAGUCAGGUGGCUGUCGCGAGGAAAUGUGCUGAGACGCCUGUUCGAGCUGCGGGAUGAGGUGCGCAUUUUCCUCACAGACCAAAGAUCUCCACUUGCUGAGCAUCUGUCUGAUGCUGACUGGGUGACAAGACUGGCAUAUUUGUCAUGUAUUUUUGAAAAACUCAACGGACUAAAUGUGUCCCUGCAAGGUGAAAACACAAACAUCUUGUACCUUAAUGAUAAAGUGCAGGCAUUUACGAGAAAGCUGGUGCGUUGGAAAGAGAGAGUGGAAAUGGGAUGCAUAGACAUGUUUUCUGAGCUGGAAGAAUUCAUGGAGGAAAAUGCACUCAGUGUUAACAGCAUCAAGGUGUCUAUUAUGGCUCACCUUCAGUCCCUUUUGGAUCACUUUCAUAAGUAUUUCCCUGAAGGAGACGCUCCCGACCAAUAUGACUGGAUAAGGUCACCAUUUAAUGUAACCACAGCAAAUCAUCUGGGGUCUGAUAUGGAAGAUGCGCUGAUAGAACUUUCAACCGAUCGAACCCUGAGGACGGCAUUUGACAGCAAGACGCUGGACGAGUUCUGGGUUUCUGUCGCGCUGGAAUAUCCACAGUUGUCGAAAGCCGCGUUGGAUGUACUCAUGCAAUUUGGCUCAACGUAUUUAUGCGAAAAGUCAUUCUCCACGCUGACUUACAUUAAGAAUAAACACAGGUCACGGCUUAACGUGGAAGAUGAUCUACGGGUGGCGAUCUCCAAAAUUGAACCUAGAGUGGACCUGCUUUGCUCCGCGCAUAGCGCCCAUCCAUCACAUUAG